AAUCUAAAAUUGACAAAAACAACAUAGAUCUAUCAGCUGCCACAAGUGAUUGCUCAACCGCAUCAGUGCGGCGUAAUGUCGACAUUUUACUAAUAUCGCGUGACCCCAGAAACAUUCUUAGGGAACCACAAAACAUGUAAAUCAACUCAUUAUACAGAAAACCGCGAGCAGAGUCAGUGUCAUCGUCAAGAUGCCGUAAUGUUUGGCUUCAUUCUUGACUGUACCCCGACGGCAUUUACAUGUGUUCGACAUUCAUUUUAUUUGCGAAAUUCUAAAUGGUGCGGUGACUCAGAAACAUGGAAACAAACAUUUCUGAUUUUAAAAGCAAUGUGACUUUAGAUGAAGUGAUAGAUUUCUUUAACUUAAACCUUUCUAGUGUGAACCAAAGUGAAGUGACACAGAUUCAUCUGUUUGAUUUGUAUGAGGCCUACAGAACAAUUGAGAAGGAACAGUUGAUGGUGUACAAGUCAGUGGCUUACAUUAUCGGGACACUUAUUAUUUUAAGCAAUUUAACCGUUGUCAUUUCUAGCGGACUCAUUCUGAGAAAAGGUCAACAGCCUAAGAGCACGUACCUACUGCUCGGAAAUGUUUCCCUAGCAGACACCAUCGUCGGGUUCUCCCUAAUAUUUGGAGUCACAGUGGACAACUCUGUGAGUUCCAAUCCCUUGUGUAUCUUUCAAAUAGGUAUGCUGGUAUGUCCAGCGAUGGUGUCCAUCUUUAGCGUAGGCCUCAUCGCAGUCGACCGAUACAUCUAUAUUCUCCAUGGCCUGUACUAUCAGAGAUGGUUCAACACCACUCGUGUGAGAAUCGGCAUUCUCUGCAUUUGGAUGAUAGGUAUAACGCUAGGAUUCAUGCCAGCGACUGGAUGGACUAACACAGAGUUGAUCCUCACUAGAUGUUAUUACGUCGCUCUCUUCCCUGGAACUCUUAUACUUAUCAACUCUUUCCUUAGUAUUGUGCCAAUUCUAGUAUCGCUUAUACUGUAUUCCAUAAUAUUAGUACAUGCGCUAAAAACAGUAAACAUACUGAAUACGAGCAACAAACAUGUGAAAGCUCGAACUGCUAGAGAACACUCAAAGUUAAGGAUUUCAAGAGGAACCGUUAAAAACACAUCUAGCACUCAAUCGUCUUAUAUUUCUGAUAAAAAUCCAACUCCUAAAUUAACCAAAAGUGCAUCCUAUAACAACAAUUAUUACGAUAACAGAGAUGACAUUGUUUCAAAUUCGAACAUUCAACCUAAAUCUAAAAGCGAGCUUGAUCUCAAUGUACAUCAAGUGAUGUCGUCAAAUAAUUUUGAAAAUAUGGAGAGUCAGGAUAAAACUAGGAACGAGUCGAUAGCUAGCGUUUAUACUAUUGAAUCUCAAAUAUCAAAUCUUAAUCCUGAAACCCCGAACCUUAAGACAUCAAGGUUCCAAAAUAAGGUGAAGCAAAUCUGUAAUGUGAACGCUGUAGUUCGUAGACCAAAAGAACCAAAUAAAUGGAGGGCCAUAACUAUAGUUAUGUUAACUUCUGGAAGUUUCCUAGUAACUUGGAUGCCGUUUUUCAUAACUGUGAUAGCUUUUGUGUUUUGUGAAGAUAAGCUAACGAACCCUAGGUGUAUGCACAUAAGGACCUUGCUUGGAGGUCCGUUAGCAACUUUGGCGUUUUUAAACAGCAUAUUAAAUCCUUUGAUAUACGCAUGGUGGCAUAAAGGUUUUCAAAAAUCUAUUAAAAAUUAUUACCGAAUAUUUAUAGCAAAUCAUAUUUGUAGAAUCAGUAGGUAGCGUUUUACUUUUUUGCUAUGUGUAUAGCACACUAACUAAGUUAUUCUUGUGAUCUUGUCCAUGACAUGUUAGCUCUCUUUAGUUCACUAAAAUGGUGAUUUCGAUCCACUAACUCCUGAAUCCAGGUUUAAUAAAUUGUAGAAGUCUAAUAAUUUAUGUACUUACUCAGGACUUAGGUAUUUCGAAAUGUUAGAAUUUGAGUAGAUUAUCUACUCAUAAUAUGAUGUUAAAAUGUUAGGCUAAGUAUUGCUAAUGUAGCUUUAUGUAGAUUUAUUAAUACUUAGAGCACUGAAUUCAAGCUAGUCAAUCAAUGUUUUAAAAUGAUUGUAACGUAGUUAUGCCAAUAUGGUUACCUCUAAAUUGAGUGACUUGAAGAUUCAGUGCUCAUAGGUGUUUAAGUAUUUUUAUGUUUGUGAUAACGUAAUCUAGUUUUUAAAUAAUAUCUGUAAAUAAUUUGCCUGCGUAGUUGUGUAAUAUAAUACCUAAGUAUGCUCUUAUGAUAAAGCAGUAAGCCGACAAGUAAUUGACUUUCAUAAUGAUCUGACCCACUUAAUUUCGAAACUAUAAGGUUUGGAUGUCAUUAUGUAAUGUUCACAACCAGAAUAUUUACCAAAAAUAUAAGUAAAGAGUAAUCAGUGCGACUUUCAAAUUAAGCAUGGACUUUUAGUUUUUCACAAAAACUAACAAAAAAGAAGAUACAGCUUACAACACCUUAACCCAAAGCUCAACUACAAUACAUUGAUUUCCUUUACAAUCCACACAGGUAUAUUUAUAUCAACAUUACCGGCGAUGGGGUGGACUGGCCGAACCUUCACAGACUACAGGUGUUGGUACAUCGCUGUCUUUCCCUCUGCCCUUCUCCUCGUUCUAUCCAUCGUAGUCCUCUCAGUUAUCAUCAUGGUCUGC